UCCGUUCUACGCUCUUGUGGUAAAGUGGUUCCGGUUCUAAAUUCAACCAUGAGCUGGAGCUUCCUAACUCGCCUCUUAGAGGAAAUUCACAACCACUCGACGUUCGUGGGGAAAAUCUGGCUCACAGUCCUCGUGGUGUUCCGCAUCGUCCUUACGGCUGUGGGUGGGGAGUCUAUCUACUACGAUGAGCAAAGCAAGUUUGUGUGCAAUUCGGGCCAGCCCGGUUGUGAGAACGUCUGUUACGACGCCUUUGCGCCGCUCUCACACGUCCGCUUCUGGGUGUUCCAGAUCAUCCUCGUGGCCACGCCCUCUCUGAUGUACCUCGGCUACGCCGUCAACAAGAUCGCACGCUUGGAGGAGGGCAAAGAUGGCGCCCUGAAAUUCCCCAAGAGUAGAAAGUUCCACCUGGGCAGGCGUCAAAACCGAGGCCUGGAGGAAGCCGAAGAAGACCAGGAGGAAGAUCCGAUGAUUUACGACGGCGCCAAAAUGGAAAUCCAGAGCGACUGCGUGUCUCCGGUUUCCACAGGAACUGCUACGAAGACCCGACACGACGGUCGACAGCGAAUCCAGCGAGAUGGUCUGAUGCGAGUCUACGUCCUUCAGCUGGUCGCCCGGUCUGCUUUGGAAAUUUGCUUCCUGGUCGGUCAGUACACGCUUUACGGGUUUGCCGUGCCCGGCCGCUACAUGUGCUCGAGCAAACCGUGUCCUCACGUCGUCGAUUGCUUUGUUUCCCGUCCCACGGAGAAGACCAUCUUCCUGCUCAUCAUGUACGUAGUCACCAUGCUCUGCCUCCUGCUCAAUGUCUGGGAGAUGCUCCACCUUGGACUGGGAAACAUGUUGGACCACAUGUUGGCCAGACAGCGGCGUUACGACCUGGAUGACGAGGACCCGGGUGCCAGCGAGGACAGCGGACGAGAAAGAUACAGAGGAUACACUCCGUCCGGUACGCCUCCUUUAUCACCUCCGGGUUACAACAUCGCCCUGAAGGUGGAACCGUCGUUGUUCAAGCAGAAAGAUGAAGUGGACGAGGCGUCACCGAAGGAGGCUCAUCAGAAGCAGUAUGGGAGCACUGAAGACAACUUCAUCCAGGUUCAGAAAACGGCCGAGAAGAACAGGAAGGCAAAGCAACACCACGAUGAGAGGAACCGAUACAAACGUGAAAGAAGCAAGAGGAACGGGAGCAGAGGGGAACGAGGGAGCAGCAGCAGCAAGUCGGACAAGGGGAAGCUGUCUGUCUGGAUCUAAAACAUCUGAGAUACAAGGAUGGGACUCCUAUUUACAGACUUGUUAAAAAAAACACCAUCAGCUUCAGAAGUAAUAUUGAGUUCUUUCAGAUGAUCGGUGUGUAUUUCGUGCUUUAGGAUGAGGCCUCAAGGAGACACAGC